AUGGGCACAUCAGCAACUCCUUGUACGGAAUGGGGUGCAGACGGAUUCGACUCUAAAGAGCACACACGUCAACAAGUGAGUGAGAUGGGACCACGCGAAGUUGCUAAUUCGGGAGCUGAUGAAAAAGAAAAGCCACAAAAGCGACGUAGAGGAAGGCCAAGGAAACAUCCAGUUGAAGUGAAAAUCCCUCAGAAGAUAGACAGUCGAGUUACGAGAGGUCGUGUCAACCCGGAAGGUGCUGGUGAAUUCACUGAUGACAUAGGGGAUGAAGAGGAGGUGCAUCAAGUACCAGAAGAGGAUCCAAACGAUCCAGAAUUUGAACCAACUCGACGUACAAGUCACAGGCGGCGGAAGAGUAUCAGAACAUAUAACCAAACGGCGUUGUUUGAAGAGGAAAUGUUGAAGGACAGAGAUUCGUUGGAAAAUAAUGGCCGUGGGCGCGGGCGUGGUCGUGGUCGUGGUCGUGGUCGUGGUCGAGGACGUCCUCGUGGGUCAGGUAGAAAACGAGAGGACUCUGUUCUCACUGAUUCUGCUGUGGGAAGUCACAUACAUAAUGUAAAGGCGCCACUCAUUUCUGGUGAAGGAGAAUUUCGACACAUUGUACAAGAAGAAGUGUCGCUAUAUGAGGAACACUUGCCUACACUACCACCGACGAUUCCUGAUCCGGUGCAGAGGUUGUAUGUGGUGCGUGUUGACGGCCUGGAUGCACUACUAAACGCAGGCGCUGGUUUUCGCUUGAUGACUAGCUGCGUCACCGAUGAUAUGAUGGUUUCCUUAUUUCACUUGACUACGGAUAAGUAUUUCGUGAACAAUAACGUUGAGGAUGUUCUUCAGCUCGCACAGGUGCUACGACAUGUUUGGAAUAUGCUGCCAUUGUCAAAGCGACUAGCAUGGGAAAAUGCUGCGCGUAAACUUGCCUUGGAAAAGAAUGUAUCUAAUGAAGUGACAACAGUGAAAGAAGAAGAGAAUGAUAUCAGUGUCCAUAGCGAAACGAUGCCAUUACGGGAGUUUCCAUUUGGUAUGGACAUCGAAGAGAGUUUAUCACCUUCAGGUGAUGUGUCAAUAAAAACACAUUUAUUGGAGUCAAGCAAAAAAUUGCGACCAGUUCGGAGUUCGUGUUGUACCAUCCAAGAGACAUGGCAAUCUUUUGUUGAUGUACAGUCACAUUUACUUGCUGGACAUUACACCGCUAUUUUCUAUGGAUGUCACUUUUGUGGUGUAUUGUAUAACACGAUGGAGGCUCUUUUGGGGCAUUCUGAUUGCACACGAUGGGGGAGAAUGUUAUUGAGUGAAACGGUAAGGGACGGAGGAAAGCAGCUUUGUAAGGUCGAAAUGAAAAGAGCUUAUCUUUUUAUGGUGUGUACUGAUUGUGGCUUAUGGUUACCUAUUCGAAUGAAUUUUAUUCAAGAUCGUCUUCCCAAGGCGUGGAACUUUUUUGCAACAGUCAUGGAGAAUCACUCUUGUAAGAAAGUGGUACCAGUGCUGGUUUAUAUGGCAGAAGCAAUGGAUUUGCCAUCAAGAGAUUCUCGCCUUCUAAUCCCACUGAUUCCCUCGUUCGUAAAAAAUUUUCCUUUCACAUGUGAAGAAUGUAAAAUUUCUUCAUUUCCUACACCAGACGAAAUGGAUAUGCAUUUUCAAAAGGUGCAUCAUAUAAAGUACAAGUGCACUAAGUGUGGAGAAUGCAGCGGUACCGAACUUUACCAUAAGGCUCAUCUUACAUCACAUCUUUCUGAAUCUCUUCUUCUUGCUGACUAUUUACGAACGACAUGUACGUUUCAUCCACCACCUCACUGUGAUGGACCUCCUGUAAUUGGUGCCGAGAAACGACUUCCAGCUAGUGGUGGAUCGCCGGCAAUGAAAACUCCAACUCUUCUCAGCCAUGAUUUAAUUGAUGAUUUUGAACCACAUGCAGAAAUAAAGCUUUUAAACAGUAUCGAGAUUGGUAGAAUGGCCAAUGUUUUAUCAAAAGAGGAAACGGAUUCUAAUGGAAAUAAAUUACGCAUGGAUUUGGCCUACGAACAUUACGAUUAUAGGACAUUAGAGGAGUCGGAAGAAGAAAAGGAAGCGAAAAAACAGAUUAACGAUUAUUUUCAUGCGUUAAAUGGAACAAGUGAUCCUGAUGAUGCGGUCUUAGAUUGGCGAACUCGAGUUAAUGAUUACGCGAAUCUGGUUAAGCUACUUCAAACUUCAGUCAGGAAGACAGUAUCAAUCGAUUAUGCAUCAUCACCGGAAACGGUUGAGGUCGACAUGUUUGCUGCGAUGUUAGCAGCGAAGUUUAGAAAGCAAGUAUCCGUGCCUCUUUCUGCUUGCUUGGAGCUCUUAUCUGGCAAUCUGUUAUUCAAACGGUACGUGUAUUGCUCUUCGUGUAACACGAUUCUGUCAUCAGCGGUCAGCUUACAAGCUCAUAACUUGAAAUGUGGUGGGGAGAACGGUACAAAGCUUAUCUCACUCUACUGCCCGCCAGCACCUAGGAAUAGGGAGAUUGAGUGCCCAUCUUGUUCCCUGAUGUUGUGCUCUAUCGCAGCUCUUCGUGGUCAUAUGGCAAUUCAGCAUGGAAUCUAUGUUGAACAUAAAGCUAACAACCAUCUUGGCGUCGCUUCGGAGAUAAAUGGUAGUCUGCAAGAUAUCUCAUCUCGUCCCGCUGACAAGAGAUCGCAUGUCGCUCGUGACACGGACAAUGCCCUUUGGUUGCGAUUCGGAACUCUGCUACCGAAAUCACCUUUUAAUCUACAGUCGAAAGGAUUUAAAUUGGCAUAUAUGGAUCAGAAGAAUGGAUUUCCUACUGUCAGUUGUCAGAAUGGGCCUCGAAUUAUUCACCGCAGUGGCGCACAAGUUCGACGUAGAGCUCUUCCGUCUCUAGAAAACGUGGCCACGAAAUCGCAAACUGCAAGUAGUGAAUACCAACAUACUAGUCUACCGCUUUCGUCUAGAGGAAAUAAUCAGCACUGUGUCAAACCAUUUAUCUUGGUUAAUAAUAUGCUUCGGUGUAAAUUUUGUGCCCACCAAACAACUACGCCACAAUUCAUGAGAGACCAUCUUCAGUCAAAUCAUGUUCUUGUAUGUCGAGCGUGUGGAGAUGGUUUCGCUGAUCGAGAGGCGUUAACACGUCAUGGAAAAAUGGGACGUUGUUCAAUGCUUUUCAAGGACACCUCUGUGAAGAACAUUUCGGCUGAUUGUGGAGUAUGCAAAAAACGCAUGUCUUUGGCUAAUGCCUAUCUUCAUCUGUUCCGUGAACAUCUUAGCUCUGUUGUAUAUGACACUGCUACCCUGCAGGUGUACCCUGAGCAUCAAAAUUUGCACAUUAGCAGAGGUCUUGGUGAUUACGAAAAUAUUAUAAUAAAGGAGGUCCUUCCGAAUUCGCAAAGUAUGGAAACUCCGAAGGAUCUAAACACCAGAGUUGUCGUGUACAAACAGCCAAGAAAUACGUGCGGCUUCUGUCACAGAAUGCUAGUCCGUGGAGCUUUCGCACAUCUUCUGUACAUGUGCACACAGACACGCAAAUGUGCUCUGUGCUCCGGACAGCAGAAAAUGAAGAAUGCUGCGGAAAUGACAGUGCACUGGACUAACAAGCAUUUGGAUAUUCUUCGCAGGUUUCAAUGUUCUGACUGUAGUAUGACUUUUUGCCAUGUGGAGGACUUUUGGCCUCAUCAGUGUCGGUCACAUUUUAUGCAGCAGAGAUGCAGUUGUGGAUUCGACAUGAUUUUCUCAUCACGCACUGCUUUUCUUUUGCAUUUUGGAAUGCAUAUGGAUGAAGCUAACAUGAUAUGCAAACUGUGUAAAUUCAAAUUCUCCUCUAGAAUUGCUUUACAGAAUCAUCGUCUUUCACAUGCCAUUAUGGUCAGUAGCUCAAAUGAACGACAAUUAAUUGUUUUGGAUACAAGUUUGAUAGUUCCAGAGCCUGUUCACGUAGAAAAUGGUAAACGUACAAAAAAGUGCGUGAAAGAGCUUGACGCGUUGAUUGAGGAGAAACAAAAUGAUACUCCUGGUGUUGAUGAUGAUCUCGUAGACAGUGGUGAAACGACUCCAGCUGCCCUCUCAGCCGAAGUACGUGUUGAAGCUGCAGAUUCUGCAUCAUAUCCGAGUUCGAAUAUGCCUGGUUACGUAGAAGAUGACGACGAUGAACAGACGGUUAAACGUGUUGUUGAGCGACGGUACCUCUCGCAUACCACGUUUUUGCACUUCGGUGAGGUUGGAGUUGUAUCUUUUCUCGCGAUAGUGAUUAAAGGUAUUGAAAUUUUCGUUCGUAUAUGUCUGAAUCUUGAUAUCAACUUCAUUGUUAGGAUCUUGUUGUCUAAAGAACGUCGGGGGAAAUGGUGCCAUUGGUAG